CAACCAACAUCAUCCGUGACUGACUCGCCGACGGAACAUUGGAACGCGUGCGGUUUCACAAUCUUUUUGUUGUUUGUAUCUUUGUUAAUAGAAAAAUGCUAGCAAAAUUGAUUAAGAUGGACAUUAUUUCCGCUGUGAUGCACUACAACAAAUGCAGUUUAUAAAACAAAACACAUCACCGUGUAUUGCAAGAUUGGAAAAAUAAUGAAUUUGACACCGCCGCAGCCUUUCUCUACGAAUUGUCGUAAACCUUGUGGGAUCGAUUUUUAGGUGUUUAUUAAUGAAAUUAGUAAAGUGUAUGUGAGUGAUAUAAUUGUACCGGAUAAUUCCUUUCUUCGUGUUCUGUGUAGUGGCUGCAAUAGCAAUCGACAGAGAUAAUAAAAAAUGCAUAAUCUCCAUGCUUUUGUAAAUGUUCCGUUCGAUAAUGCUAGUAUUAUGUUCUAAUAUUAAUUGGAGUUAAUCAUUUGUAUAUUCUGCCAAACGUUAAAGUGAUAAAUGUUCGAAAAACAGUGGUGUGAUGAGUGAAAAUUUUAUGAAAAAGUUUGGAUACCACUGAAGUACUGUAUCAUAUAAGGCACGGGAGCCACACCGCGAAUGAGUUGGCGGCGCACCACACCACCACGACUGGCAAGGACUUUGAGUGUACACAAAGUGACCUUUAGAAAUCCAAUAUUAUGUGAUAUAGUGGGGGCGGGUGCGUAGUGAGCACGGGGCGGGCGGCAUCAUGUCUGCGGCGCUGCUGCUGCUGCUGCUGCUGCUGGCGCUGGCCGUGUGCUCCUCGUAUGGCGGCGGGUGCACGUUCCCGGCGGGCUGGGCGGGCAGCUGGUUUCAGUCGGGCAGCCCGGCCCUCAUCGCCAUCAACUCCACGCACAUACACUCCAAAGGCGAGUGCUACGAGUCCGAGUCCUACGACAAGUUCCUGCUCUACGACAGGCGGGAGGACUGCUACAGGUGCAUGGUGAUAUUGGAAAAGCACAAAUAUGUCCUACAAUACAAAGAAACGUUCUGCUCGGAGAAGGACUCGAUGUCGUCGAUCUGCGAGUCGAUCAGCGGGGACGCGCCGCUGUACUCGAUGUUCCGCAAGGAGCCGCGGCCCGAACCGCAGCCCUGCCCCUUCCACCCCGCGCCCUUCACCUUCACCUACAGCCGCGGCUCCGGCGACUGCGCCAACCCGCCCUCGCGCGCAGAGGCCUGCACCGACGACUCCCGGCUGCUGCUGCGCUACAUGGCCUGCCCCGACGUGCCCGGCACCGAGAGCAACGUGGAGGAGCUGGUGUGCCUGGCGACGUGGAAGGAGGGCUCGACGCGCUACCUGGUGGGGCAGAUCUCACAGGUGCAGCGGAGGAACUCCAUCGCCUCAGAUGAGGACACUUUCAGGUGCUUCGUGUACAAGGGCCAGCACGGCGAGCGCAGCAUGACAUACAACAUCGCGCAGUCCGGCGACGCCACUUGCAACGGCCUCUCCUCGCCCACUGACGGCAGCCGUAUCAUGAAGCUCACCAACAGCGACGACGAGCACAACCGCUGCCACUUCCCCGCCUGGAUCGUGGAGCACCACAAGUGGUUCAGCCUCGACCACGCGCACCAGUACCACUUCACCACCAAGAACGCCACGCUCAAGAUAAUGUCGGAGAUCGGCGCGGCGGAGGAGCGGCGGCUGGUCUGCCACUCCAUCCUGGAGCAGCGCGACAACCGCUACAUCAAGCUGGUGGCGCACGUGACGCGCGGCUGCGAGUCCGGCCACGUCUGUCUGCAGUUCCACCGGCGCGACGGCGGCGUGCUCGAGCUGCAGCAGGGCGCCGCGCUCUGGGACGCGCCGCAGGACGCCUGCGCCGGCGCCCGCGCCGCAGACCCCGCCCUGCCCUACCUCACGCUCGUCACCGCGGCGCCGGCGCCCGCGCGCUGCCCGCUGCUCGGCCGCUACACCGUGCUCGGCGCCCUGCCCGACACGCGUCGCCGCCGGCAGCACGCCCGCCCCGGUUAA